AUACGUAGCUCUGUAAACAUGGCGGACAUUCAGAGGCGUCAACGUGGGGAGGAAGAAAGGCGCUGCGUUCAGAAUGAAGCAAUGUGAGCCAAGGAAUGAAGCGGCUGGGAUGGCGGACCAAACGUUAACGGUACUCCUCAAACUUUUAGCAGCGGCCUUUUAUGGAGUCAGCUCUUUCCUUAUAAUUGUAGUGAACAAGAGUGUCCUGACCAAUUACAGGUUCCCCUCUUCGAUAUGUGUUGGCAUUGGUCAGAUGCUGGCAACAGUUGUUGUGUUACGGGUGGGAAAGGCUCUCCGGGUGAUCACCUUCCCAGAAUUUGAUGGUGGCAUACCUAGAAAGACAUUUCCGCUACCUCUUCUAUAUGUUGGAAAUCAAAUAACAGGACUCUUUGGGACAAAAAGACUUAACCUGCCAAUGUUUACAGUAUUGAGGAGGUUUUCUAUUCUCUUCACAAUGCUGGCGGAGGGUUUCUUGUUAAAGAAGAAAUUCUCCCGGCCAGUUCAGCUGACAGUAUUUACUAUGAUUCUAGGGGCCUUUGUAGCCGCAAGCGCUGACUUGGCUUUUGACCUGCAAGGGUAUGUGUUCAUUUUAAUGAACGAUGUCUUAACUGCUGCCAAUGGAGCUUUUGUGAAACAGAAACUCGACUCUAAGGAGCUGGGAAAGUAUGGCCUGCUCUAUUACAAUGCUUUAUUUAUGAUUCUUCCAACACUGCUAUUAGCACAUGUCACAGGAGAUAUGGAUAAGGCUUUUGAAUAUGAAGGCUGGACAGAUGUGCUUUUUAUAGUUCAAUUCAUUCUCUCUUGUCUAAUGGGGUUCGUUUUAAUGUACUCCACUGUACUUUGCACUCAGUAUAACUCUGCGCUAACUACUACUAUUGUCGGCUGCCUAAAAAAUAUAUUAGUGACGUAUAUUGGAAUGGUGUUUGGAGGAGAUUACAUUUUCUCAUGGACUAACUUCAUUGGUCUGAACAUCAGUAUUGCUGGCAGUCUGGUGUAUUCCUACAUUACCUUCACAGAGGAGCAGACCACCAAACAGAGCGAGAAUGCCAUCAAACUAGAGGUCAAAGGGAAAGUGUCUGUAUGAGCAGUGGUUUGAGUUCUUG